AAUCCCUCCCAUUUCCAACCACUUGCUUUUGCAGCUGCUUUGAGGUCAGUCAGAAUCCGUGAAACUGUCCGGCGAUCAGACCCACGGACGCGAGGAAAGGGUGCAGAAAAUCACGCCAGUCAUUAUGCUGCUCAGUCUGUCCAGAUCCGUCGGCGGGUGACUAAAAGACAGUUUGAAGGACCGGAUUGCCUCUUGCUGGAACAACAAGCCGUGGACAUUUGCCCAAGGAAAGGGUUACUUGUUUGGGAGGAAACUCUUCCCGUGCGCGCUGUGUUUUGAUCGCAUUGACGGCGGAAUUACAUUCGGAAUCGUUGGGAACUCGGAAGAUGAACAUUUGCGGCGUUUGGCUUUUGGGAUUUGUUUUAGCCUGAACAGCUUGAAAAAUCUCUGGGAUGCACUGGCCGCUGUAGGGUGACCUGGAAAUUGGAAAAGCCCCCAAACAAACCAGUUUACAAACAUUCUCGGAACUGAACUGAAAUAUUUCGAAUCGCUAUUGAAAAUGUCGAAUCCUCCUGUGAAGUUCAAAAAGGAUAAAGAGAUCAUUACAGAGUACGAGACUCAAGUCAAAGAGAUUCGAGCCCAACUGGUGGAACAGCAAAAAUGUCUGGAGCAGCAGACGGACAUGAGGGUCCAGCUCCUUCAGGACCUCCAGGACUUCUUCCGCAAGAAGUCCGAGAUCGAGAUGGAGUACUCGCGCAACCUGGAGAAGCUCGCCGAACGCUUUAUGGCCAAGACCAGGAGUACCAAGGACCAUCAGCAAUAUAAGAAAGACCAGAAUAUCCUGUCUCCGGUCAACUGCUGGUACCUGUUGCUGAACCAGGUUCGACGGGAGAGCAAAGACCAUGCGACACUGAGCGACAUUUAUCUGAACAACGUAAUCAUGCGCUUCAUGCAGAUUAGUGAGGACUCCACGCGCCUUCUGAAAAAGAGUAAAGAAAUCACCUUUCAGCUGCAAGAGGAUUUGAUGAAAGUGCUCAACGAGCUCUACACGGUGAUGAAAACCUACCAUAUGUAUCACACGGAGAGCAUCAGUGCCGAGAGCAAACUGAAGGAGGCUGAGAAGCAGGAGGAAAAGCAGAUCGGACGUGUUGGAGAUCCCGUCUUUCACAUCCGACUAGAGGAAAGACACCAGAGACGGAGCUCUGUGAAGAAGAUUGAGAAGAUGAAGGAGAAGAGGCAGGCCAAGUACUCGGAGAACAAGCUGAAGUCGAUCAAAGCUCGGAACGAAUACCUGCUGACGCUCGAAGCCUCUAAUGCUUCAAUCUUCAAGUAUUACAUUCACGACUUGUCUGAUUUAAUAGACUGUUGUGAUCUGGGAUAUCAUGCCUCUCUGAACCGGGCUCUGCGGACCUACCUCUCGGCCGAAUAUAACCUGGAGACGUCUCGUCACGAGGGCCUGGACAUCAUUGAGAACGCGGUGGACAGUCUGGACCCCCGUAGUGACCGCCAGCGCUUCAUGGAAAUGUACCCUACCGCUUUCUGCCCGCCUGUUAAAUUUGAGUUCCAGCCAUAUAUGGGAGAUGAGGUGUGUCUGAUCACGGCCCAGCCUCCAGUGCAAGCAGAACUCCUCCUGAGGUUCCAGCAGCUUCAAUCCCGUCUGGCCACUCUAAAGAUCGAGAACGAAGAGAUCAAGAAGACCUCAGAGGCCACUCUCACUACUGUCCAGGACAUGGUGACCAUCGAGGACUAUGAUGUGUCCGAAUGUUUCCAUCACAGCCGCUCCACUGAAUCGGUCAAGUCCACCGUGUCGGAAACCUACCUCAGCAAGCCGAGCAUUGCCAAGAGACGCGCCAACCAACAGGAGACGGAGCAGUUCUAUUUUAUGAAGUUUCACGAGUAUCUGGAGGGCAGCAAUCUCAUCACUAAGCUUCAGGCAAAGCAUGAUCUACUGAAGAGGACCCUCGGUGAUGGUUACCGGCCUGAGUAUGCAACUACAAGUCGUGGACGACGGAACUCACACACAAGGCACCAGGACUCUGGACAAGCAAUACCAAGAGUUGUUGAGAGUUGUAUUCGAUUCAUCAACCUGUAUGGCCUUCAGCAUCAAGGAAUAUUCAGAGUGUCUGGAUCUCAAGUUGAAGUCAAUGAUAUCAAGAACUCUUUUGAGAGAGGUAACGAUCCCCUGACAGAUGAAGAGAAUAACCACGAUAUAAACUCUGUUGCGGGGGUUUUGAAACUCUACUUUCGAUGUUUGGAGAACCCACUGUUUCCAAAGGAAAGAUUCAAUGAUCUCCUCUCUUGUGUCAGAAUAGACAAUCUGUAUGAGAGAUCGCUGUAUAUACGAAAGAUCCUGCUGCCUGUACCCAGAUCAGUGCUCGUGGUCAUGCGAUAUCUGUUCGCCUUCCUCAACCACUUGUCCCAGUACAGCGAUGAAAAUAUGAUGGACCCCUAUAAUCUGGCCAUCUGCUUUGGCCCCACCCUCAUGCCCACUCCAGAAACUCAGGACCAGGUCUCCUGCCAGGCCCAUGUCAAUGAGGUCAUCAAAACCAUCAUCAUCCAUCACGAGACCAUCUUUCCUGACGCGAAGGAGCUUGACGGCCCCAUGUACGAGAAGUGUAUGGCAGGCGGAGACUAUUGUGAGAGUCCAUACAGUGAACAUGGAGCUCUUGAGGAGGUUGAUCAGGAUGGAGGAGCAGAGACCCACACCAGUGAGGAUGAGGGGGAGCCCAUUGAAGCCAUUGCAAAAUUUGAUUAUGUGGGCCGUUCUGCACGGGAACUCUCCUUUAAGAAGGGUGCGUCUCUACUGCUGUAUCAGAGAGCGUCGGAUGACUGGUGGGAGGGUAGACACAACGGCAUAGAUGGACUAGUGCCUCACCAGUACAUCGUUGUACAGGAUAUGGAUGACACCUUCUCUGACACUCUGAGCCAGAAGGCAGACAGUGAGGCCAGCAGUGGACAUGGAGGAGAGGAGAAAUGCUCCAGCAGAGACAUCGGAUCUCCGACGGACAGCAGAUUACCUGAUUCCUACAUCAGCAGCAGGCACAGGAAGAGAAGUGUCCCCCCGACCCGCAAGCCUCCAGCUCGCCCCACCGACGCCCACUGCUUGGUCCACCCCUCCCAGAGCCAUCACGGCAACCCAGAUUUGGGAUCCCCAGUGAUGGGCCACUACAGUCCGCGGGACCUGCUGAGAGGAAGAGGAUACAUGCCCAUGGACAGUCCCGAGAGACGCAGACGGACCGGCCACGGCAGCCUGACCAACAUCAGCCGACACGAGUCCAUGAAAAAGAUGGAGAGCCCUCCCAUCCGUAGGUCCACGUCUUCAGGCCAGUACACAAGCUUCUCCGAGCCUCACGGCAAGAGUCUGGAUCCAGAGAGCAUCGCACAGGACAUAGAGGAGACGAUGAACACCGCUCUAAAUGAGCUGAAGGAGCUCGAACGGCAGAGUUCUGCGAAACACGCCCCUGACGUGGUGCUGGACACCCUGGAGCAGAUGAAGAAUGCUCCCACACCGGCCAGCUCCACCGAGUCCCUGAGCCAACUCCACGGUCUCCUGCUGCGGCCCACCGUCACGGAGCCGCCCAUGCGCCGCAGCACCAGCUCCUCCAGCGAUACCAUGAGCACCUUCAAGCCCGCCGUGGCCCCGCGCAUGGGGGUGCAGCUCAAGCCCCCCGCCCUGCGGCCCAAACCCAUGGUGGCCAUACCUAAGACGGGAGCGGCGCAGCAUCCGGCGGCUCCUCCACAGGAUCCACUGGACAAAUCCUGCACCAUGUGAUUCAUUGUGGGCGAAACGUUUAGGGACAAAGAGGACCGCUGCUGUCAGAGCCAGAUUUAUAGUGAAUUUUAUUGCCAAUGAACAUGGUGACGUGUGGUUCUUCAUUUUUGCAAUAUUUCAUUCAGAGAGUGGACUAAGCAAAUAUAGAUAACUAAAGAUACUAGAAAUACGUUACUGUGGUUAAUGAGGUGAUGGUAGUUAGUGUGUAUACAAUUCCAACACUAUUAAAGGGAUUAUUAAUAAACUAGAAUAACAUCGGUCACUAAGCAUGGUUCUGAGGAAGAGUAGAGUUAGUUAAACAGGUGUUUACUAUUUCAGAAAGUUACAUUUUCUCCCUGUUUAGUCGAUUCCAACAAACAUUUUUAGAUAUUCUAGACACCUGCAACUAACGGAAAGCAGUUUAUUUGUUUUCAGAUACUGUUUGCAUGCUUGUCUGACACCUUAUUUUUUCCCGCAAUACUCUGUGUGAAUAGAUUAAGGAGUUGUGACAAUGAUAUUAAAGAAAGCAACAAAUCACUACAGCUUCCUACGGUAUGUUGUUAGGGUGACUUUUUCUAUAUCAGUAGUUUACAUCCACUAGAAAAACUGCUAAAUGUGAAUAAUACAGAAACUAAGCAGGGUCUUUGGUUUCUCUGUUUACAGGAUUAGGAUUGUGGGAAAUGUGUCUCUUUAAAUCUCAGAGUGAUUUCUAGUCUGGACUCUUUGUGGAAUGUUGACGUUGGAAACGCACUGCCAUAUAAGGGCAUGUGAUGUCACAUCUUCUGCCCGUCCUGAUUGGCAGUCGAUGUUAACAUUAAAGUUGUAUCAGCAAGGCUUUACUUUGAAUAUUAUAUUUUUGAUAGUAAUAUUUGAAUAUAUGCCCAGGGAGUUUGCGUAAACCACAUCCGCUUACGUUGGAGAAACAUUCUCCUAGUUUGUUUUCUUGAUUUCUUAUUUAGAAAUAUAUAUUGUGUAUAUAAAUGUACAUCCACUAAACCUUUUUUUUUUUUUUGGUCUUUACGUUCAUUACUUUCUCCCAGGAACCAACUGCUCUCUAUAAA